AUGGUAUCUUAUCUGGGGAUUACAAUAUUUGUGUUUUUCGUGGCGUUUCAGCUCCAUAGUCAAUUAAUGGCGUCAACAAGAACAAUUAGCCAAGCCGUAUAUUCAGUUGUUUAUGUCACAGUUCCUAAUCAGAGCGUCGCAAAGCAAAUUGCGAAAGAGGUUGUCAAAGGAAAACUUGCUGCUUGUGUCAACAUUGUCCCCACCGUUACUUCCAUUUAUGAGUGGGAGAACAAGUUACAAGAAGAUACAGAAUCAUUGCUGAUUAUAAAAACGAAGUCUGCUGUGUUAAAUGCAUUGAAAACAAAAGUACUCAGUAUACACCCUUACAAAGUACCUGAAUUUAUAGCUUUGCCGGUAAGUUCCUUUGUCUACGUUAUCGUAGAUUCUGAAACGUAG